CGAUUGUUUAUUUUGUUAUUCGACGUUGUUGGAAACUGAUUUAAAUCAAUUUUCGCUGCUAAAAAUAUUUCAAAACUUACGAAAAAAGCGCGUCGUUUGGUUCCUUAAAAUUCCGAUUGAAAGGAAAAAGUUGGCAUUUAACUCUCCCACCAAAAAUAAUUAACAGCCGGAGCUGCAAAUUUUUGGGGCAUUAAAAAUGAGCGCCGAAGCCGCCAACGAAAAUGUGGAGCAUCAAGACCACCAUGUGCACUUCGACACGAACACGGUGAAAGAUGACUUCGAGUCGGAUAGUUGUGUGACAUAUCAAAGGUCGGGCGACACGAUUGUCGUGAGCCUGGGUUUUCUACAAAUCAAUCAUCGCUACCUGAUUGAACUGAAGCUCCCAACCUCGCUGUUUGGCAGCGCGGGGUCGCUGGGCAGCAAAUUUGAGCCGGUGGUCAGUGCCACGCCGAGUCUGCACUGCAAGAUCACUGAGUUCGCGGGCACCAAGCAUGAUGAACAUGACUUUUUCGAGAUGAAAAUCGAAUUCUUUGCAUACAAGGAGAAGCUGCUGCGCGAAGUCCUACACAUCGUCAGCUCGACCAAUGCCAAGGAGCUGCUGCAGCUGGUAAUCGCCGCUCGGGUCUUGGGAAAGGGCAAGGGAACGCCCAUGUUGCGAACCGGGAUCCAUUGCAUCGGCGUAGAAAGGGAUGAGGAUGAGUCGGAGGCAUCGGACUUUGCUGGCUUCGACAGCAAGCCCUAAACUGGAAACCAAAUUCUCGCCUUGCCGCAACUUGUUUUCUUAGUUAAUUGCAGAUAAUUACAUAGUUCUUAAGUAAACGAAAAAGGAAUAAUAUGUAACGUUAGUUAUUACCUACAUAGCAACCAAUUGUGUAUGUGAAACUCAUUGAGCAUUUACAUUUAGGUUUCGGUUUCAGUUUUGCUUGUUUGUACUUAACAUUUGUAAAUUAACCGUGUCCGAAAUUGUCAAGUAUGUAAUACACGUGAGUGGGCAAACUGCCAGGAGUUCUUGACUUUUUUAAUGAUAUUCAAGACCAUGUUAUGUCACAAUAUCUUGACUUUCCCCUUAAGAUUAACAAAUAUUUGCAGUUUGUCAUUAAGUAAAAUGGAAAAGUUGUUUUUGUUUUGAAACCUAAACGCUUUCAUAAUGUAUUACGUUUUAUGCAUUUAGCAAUGCAUCAACGGAGUCAAUUUAAUGACAUUUAUAUAGUAAAUAAUUUGUAAUUCAUAAACAGAAAGACGCUUUCAAUUAUUAAUCAAUACGAUGUCUCCCCUCAAUUUAAAUGGUUUUAAAAUUUAAAAUUGCACUGUACAUACAUAUACAUUUCCUAGAAACUGCACCAUAUACAAAUUAACUUUACAAAAAUACCUAUACUAAAGAUAUAUAUCCUCCGAUAUACACAGAGACCAAGCUAUAGACCUCCUUUUAAAUGUGUAUAGAGACAUUGUGAAAACCAGGAAAUUAAUUUACCCAAAAGUAUGCAAAACCAGAUGCAAUUUAAUGUACGACCAAAUCGAGGUGCUCGUAGCAUAAACAUUUAUGCAUUAACCGAAGCAAGAUAUUAAACCUUUUUGACUAAAAUUAGCCCAAAGACGUAUUUAGCAAGGGCGUUUUGAUAAUAUAUUCAAGUUUAUAACACUUAGCACUGUCAAAUGUAUAAAAGGCACCGUGAACCAUUAACUAGAUUUUGUAAAUUUAAUAUUAUAAAAACUGAUCAAUGAUAACCAAAUUACCAAAAUAUUGGUGACCAUUAUAACAUCAUACAUUUAAGUUAACUACGGAUUAUGCCCCCAGCAACCUGCUUAGGUUGCCGUAAAUAAAAACUCGUUAAAAACCCUA